CCUUUCUUUGUCAUCGUGGUGGUAUGUUUUUAACGGUGAAGAUUCGAUCGCAAAAACUGUAGACAAGAAGUGUUGGAUGAACUAUAUAUGUGAUUAUCUUCCCAUCUUUACAUCGUAUAUGGCGGACUAGCCGAAGAUUAUCAUCUGCAGAGUCGUUACAGGGGUUUAUCUUUUAUCUGAGCGAAGUUAGAUUCAGUUAUUGUUCAGGUCCUGGUAGCGAAACCCUAGUUCGGUACUUUCAUCGAUAAAUCUGUAAUUCAACCGGCGUGUUGGUUCUUCAGCUAUUGUUGUCCAGGAGUAUUGGUCCUUAAACUUUUUGUUGAAGUUCCAGAGUAGAAUUGGUAGUUCAAAGUCAGAUAAUCUUGGUGUGAAAUUUUCGCUUGUGGGCAGGUCUGAUUUGCCCCAAGUUUCUAUUCACUGUCAGAGCAGAGUAAUAAUAUGAAGUGCUUAGGCAGACUGUAGUACUUCUGGGCUUAUACUUUAUUUCAUGGUUCUUUGUGUAUCUACUCGAUGAAUAGAGCUGGAUAUGAUAAUUUCUCUGUGUACCGGGACUGUUAUCUGCUGUUGUCGUAGGAUUCUCAAGGUCAGUUGGACCUUUUAAGUUUAAAUGGUCUACUUGCUAGAAAGUUUUUGGUAAAAAGGCUCCUUAAUGAAGUCACAGGGGUUAAGUGGAAUUUUGUGUUGAACAGAUGGAAGAUGUUACCAUAUUGGAAAAAACCUCCCAGUAAUUUGAUUAUCACCUUCUCAGUACACAUUUUAUUCUUGUUUUCCGGAGCAUUUGAGAGAAAAGAAUGUGUUAGUGGUAUGAUAUAAGAAGAAAAUAUGGAACAGGUCUCAGAGAAAAGAUUUCCUGUUAAUGCAAGCGAUUACAAGUUGUAUGAAGAAGUUGGAGAAGGCGUCAGUGCCUCUGUUUAUAGGGCUCUCUGCAUUCCACUUAAUGAGAUAGUUGCUAUCAAGGUUCUUGAUCUGGAAAAGUGUAAUAAUGACCUGGAUGGUAUACGACGAGAGGUACAGACAAUGACAUUGAUUGAUCAUCCAAAUUUAUUACGAGCACAUUGCUCAUUCACUACAGGCCACAACCUUUGGGUCGUGAUGCCAUACAUGGCUGGGGGAUCAUGUCUUCAUAUAAUGAAGUCUUCUCAUCCAGAAGGUUUUGAAGAGCCUGUUAUUGCUACGUUAUUACGUGAGGUUCUUAAAGCUCUUGUUUAUCUUCAUGCCCAUGGGCACAUUCACAGAGAUGUGAAGGCUGGGAAUAUAUUAAUUGACUCUAAUGGUGCUGUCAAGUUAGCGGACUUUGGAGUAUCUGCAUGCAUGUUUGAUACUGGGGAUAGGCAACAUUCAAGGAAUACUUUUGUUGGAACUCCAUGCUGGAUGGCUCCCGAAGUUAUGCAGCAAUUGCAUGGAUAUGACUUUAAAGCAGACAUCUGGUCAUUUGGAAUAACAGCACUUGAACUUGCUCAUGGCCAUGCCCCAUUUUCUAAGUAUCCGCCUAUGAAGGUUCUGCUGAUGACUUUGCAAAAUGCGCCACCAGGUCUUGACUAUGAAAGGGACAAGAGAUUUUCAAAGUCUUUCAAAGAGUUGGUAGCUACUUGCUUAGUGAAGGAUCCAAAGAAGCGUCCCUCUUCAGAGAAGCUUCUGAAGCACCAUUUCUUUAAACAUGCACGGUCAUAUGAUUAUCUAGCUCGUACUAUCCUUGAUGGCCUUUCCCCUCUGGGCGAUCGUUUUAGAAUGCUAAAGGCAAAAGAAGCCGACUUGCUUGUACAUAACAAGGCAUUAUAUGGGGACAAGGAGCAUUUAUCACAGCAAGAGUACAUUAGAGGUAUCAGUGCCUGGAAUUUUAAUCUGGAGGAUUUGAAGAAUCAAGCUGCCCUUAUCCGGGAUUAUGAUGGCAUUUCAAACAUAGAGGAUCCUAUCGGGUGUAGUAAGCAAGACAGACGUGAAGAUGUUGGUUAUCCAGCAGAUAGAAUGUCCUCCGUGAGGGCCAAUCAUUCAGAUGCUGCACUUCAUACGGAGGAUGGGCUCAAUGAUAUUUACAAUUUGGAGAGUUCACUACUUGCAUUUCCUGUUCAGCCUCUUCAGGCACUAAAAGGUUGUUUUGAUGUUUGUGAGGACGAUGCAGCUGCUUGCAGUCCAACUUGGAAAGAUGAUUUUCAUUCAGAGUUUGAACAGCAGAGUCGAAUACAAAAAGCUGAGCACCAAGAAGCUGUAAGAGAUGAUGGUGAAAAAUUGGGACAAAAUAGUUCUUUAUCACGUUCUUUAGUUCCUGGACGGGAAAAAUUCUUGAGCGGUUCAAUAUUACAGGACAACUUUAUUUCGCCUAAGAAGGUUAUUGGUGAUGGGGACAGGGAACAUUUGCAACCAAGAUAUGAGCGAAAUUAUAGUGGCCCAUUGCAUCGUCAAAAGAAAGAUGCCAAUAACCUUGCAUCUGCGGAUGAUGCUUCAGAAGGAGCAGUUGUCCAGCGCAAGGGACGCUUUAGUGUCACUUCAGCUUCAGCAGAGUUGAGUCCUAAGGGUCCUACAAACUGCUACUUAAAUCCAGUUUCUGGAGGUUUUACCAGUCCGACAAGCUCAAGCAUUUCAGCUACUUCAGUUCUGCCAUCAUUGCAAUGCAUUUUGCAGCAGAACACCAUGCAAAGGGAAGAAAUAGUUAAACUUAUCAAGUAUGUGGAGCAAACCUCUGCAAAUUCCAUGGACUUCUCUGAGGCGGGAACUAAUGGCCUUCAACAGAUAGCUUCAGUUCCUGCUAGGGAGAGGGAGCUGCAGUCUCAGCUGAUUCAAUUGCAACAAAGUGUUGGGAGUCUAGUUGAAGAAUUGCAGAGACAGAAGAUGAAAAAUGCUCAGCUGGAAAAGAAAAUGAAUGCUUUGGUGAAGAAAGAGGAGAGAAGUUGAAAUAAAAUGAUUAGAAUGCAUGGUGAUAUCCUUCGCCUCUCAAGUGGGCAAACACCUCAUGACCAUCUGCAAGGUAUUCGCCAAGGAUUAGGUGCAUUGUAUUUUAGUGUACCAUAUGUGUGAAUUAAGGCAGGCACCCAAAGUUUUGAGAUUCUAUUUCGGAGUCUCACAACCGCUCUUUCUUGUUGUAAUUUAAUGAUUUGAUAUUGUAAUUAUGGCGCUUUUACAGUAUUGUACUUCAAUUUGAUCUCUACCCCCCUCGCGUUUUGCAUGCCAUGUACGCAUGCACAAAAGUUCUUAAUAUAUAUGUCCACUCCAGGUGAGAAGUUAUUUUGAAUUAGGGAGGGCUACCCCACUUGUGUAGCCUAUUGUCAGCUUUGGAACGAAAGAGAUGAAAAAGAGUAAUAUGAUUUUUGUUUUUGGGGUAAA